GCACACGCUCACCCCUGCAACCAGAAACCGCCAUAGCCAGCACCUCCCCAAGCUCUCUCUCUCUCUCUCUCUUCUGCCUCUCUCUCUCUGAGUGCGCGACCUUGACCGCCCUUCGCUUCCACGUCUCAUGGCGCCCGAACUCGUGCCCGCCUCGGUGAAGCCCGCCGCCGCGGGUGCGGCGGCCCGGGCCUACGUGACGUUCUUGGCCGGCGACGAGGGCUACGUGAAGGGCGUGGUCGGGCUGGCCAAGGGGUUGCGGAAGGCGGGGUCGGCGUACCCGCUGGUGGUGGCCGUCCUCCCGGACGUGCCGGCGGAGCACCGGCGGGUCCUGGUGGAGCAGGGGUGCGUGGUCCGGGAGAUCGAGCCCUUGUACCCGCCCGAGAACCAGACACGGUUCAUCAUGGCGUACUACGUCAUCGCCUACUCCAAGCUCCGUAUCUGGGAGGUACGUGGACGGUAUCAUCAUGUUAAUGGCCGAAAAGUAAAGCCGGCCGUUACACUUUUCGUGGAGUACAGCAAGAUGAUAUACUUGGACGCCGACAUCCAGGUGUUGGAGAACAUCGAUCACCUUUUCGACCUGGAGGACGGCUACUUCUACGCUGUGAUGGAUUGCUUCUGCGAGAAGAGGUGGUGGGGCCACACCCCGCAGUCUGCCAUUGGGUACUGCCAGCAGUGCCCCGACAAGGUCCAGUGGCGUGGCGAGAUGGGCCCGCCCCCAUCCCUCUACUUCAACGCUGGCAUGUUCGUGCACGAGCCCAGCCUCGCCACCUACAACGAGCUCCUGAGCACUCUCAAGAUCACCCCUACCACCCCGUUCGCGGAGCAGGACUUCUUGAACAUGUACUUCGGCAAAAUAUACAAGCCCAUCCCACUUGUGUACAACCUCGUCAUGGCCAUGCUGUGGCGCCACCCCGAGAACAUCGAGCUCGAGAAGGUGAAGGUCGUCCACUACGACGCCGUGGGUUCGAAGCCAUGGAGGUACAUCGGGAAGGAGGAAUACAUGCAGAGAGAGGACAUCAAGAUGCUGGUCAAGAAAUGGUGGGACAUCCAUGAGGACGAGUCCCUCGACUACCAGAACUGCCCUCGCGCGGCGGCAGCGGCAGCCGGGGCCGGGGCCGAGGUCAGGGCCGAGCCGGUCAAUAUGGAGCCGUCCAUCGCCACCCUGUCGCAAGCCGGCACGGUCCACUACGUCACGGCACCUUCGGCCGCUGAGCCCCCGGGCUCCGAUCUCCGAUCUCCGGCCCUUGUAGAGAGAUUUGAUGCAAAUAACUUUGGAGAUGCAAACACCUAGAGUUUGCUCUGUCUAGGCAAGUGGGUGGGAGAAUCUUCCUUUAGAAGGAUCAUAGUCUCAUAUGGUAAAAAUAGGCUACUUUAACUUGAGGGCAAUUAAUGUUUUUAUCUUUCUUUUUUUAGAGCCUUGUCACUCUUAAUUUUUUUUAAAGGGUAGCGAAAUAUAAAUAUAUAAGAAAGGCAUAUUGACUUGGGUUUUGA